UAGCAUCGCCUCCUAUAUUCCAGUUAGAAUAAGUCGGUCUAUCAGACACUUUUCCCCAUUCGGAUACUGAUUUUAUUAUAUACAUUAUAUAGUUAAAUAAAGGAUACAUUAAAAAAAUGUAUAAUGAUGAAAUCCAAGUAUAUAUACAUAUCUCAUUGGAUUUCCGGACAGACUACACGUUUCUUAGCGUGUUGUUGCCAUCCGCAGGUUGGAGUAAACAACGAACAGUGAAAGAAAAGAAAACUGGGAAAGGAGAUCAGAUAUGUUGUGUGUGUGUAUAUAUAUAUAACAGUUGUGUACUCCAACCCGCUAAGAAACGUCUUGUCUGUCCGGAAAUCCAAGGAGAGGGAGAAACAACAAAGAUGGCGGACAGGCUAACGCAACUUCAAGAUGCAGUCAAUUCUCUUGCUGAUCAGUUUUGCAACGCAAUCGGGGUGCUGCAGCAGUGUGCGCCGCCAGCUUCGUUCAGCAACAUACAGACAGCAAUCAACAAGGACCAGCCAUCGAACCCCACUGAGGAGUAUGCCCAACUAUUUGCUGCACUGAUUGCCCGGACAGCUAAGGAUGUGGACGUGCUGAUUGACUCACUGCCUAGUGAGGAGUCCACGGCAGCUCUACAGCGUGUGGGGCCUGGGGAGGAUUGGCUGGAAUCUGUAACUACUUCGGUUGCAAUCCAAGUCAGACUUGCGGACAGUCUGCGGCAGAUGGAGGAGGAGAAUCAUGAUGCAGCGGCACGUCUCGAAGAGGUGGUAUACCGAGGGGACUUGCUACUGGAGAAGAUCCAAAGUGCCCUGGCUGAUAUUGCUCAGUCACAACUUGGUACUCGCAGUGGAGGGCCCAACCAGACCACACCGCCUGAAUCAUGACCCCACACAACAUGGAGCAAAGACUUUUGCACACCAAUAUCUCUACCUGUACAUGACCAUCUGAUCAUUUAUCACCCCAGUGUUAAUCUGCAAAAUUGUAUUAUUCGCCUACCUCCUCAUGCCUUUUGCACACAUUGUAUAUAGACUGCCCAUUUUUUUCUACUGUGUUAUUAACUUGUUAAUUGUUUACUCCAUGUGUAACUCUGUGUUGUCUGUUCACACUGCUAUGCUUUAUCUUGGCCAGGUCGCAGUUGCAAAUGAGAACUUGUUCUCAACUAGCCUACCUGGUUAAAUAAAGGUGAAAUAAAUAAAAUAAAAAUAAAAACUGUUUAUUUCAAGGCAUAAAUGGCAUUUUAAAAUUAA